ACAAUGCCUACACAUAGAGAGGAUGUGUUACCACCCACCAGCCCCCAAGACAGUAUCUUUGAGGAGGGAAGCUUCCACUCGCAAUACAAAGUCUUGAGGACCAUUGGGCAGGGAAGUAACGGCAAGGUCCUCCUGGCCCGCCACCGGCUCACAGGUACACACGUGGCCAUCAAAGUUCUUGUGAAGAACAAUCAGUUGUUCCAGCCAGCCAUGAUGGAGGCCCAUAUAAUGAGAAAGAUCAACCACCCCAACAUCAUCUCACUGCUCCAAGUGAUUGAGACCAAAACAACUGUAUACCUCAUCAUGGAGUUGGUUGAAGGCCAAGAACUUUACCAAUACAUCAAACAGUCUGGCUACAUAGAGGAGGACGAGGCCCGGGAAAUAUUUAAGCAAAUCAUAUCAGCCGUGAGCUACUGCCAUGCACAUGGUAUAGUUCACAGGGACCUGAAGCCAGAUAACAUCAUGCUAGAUUACAAAGGAAAAGUCAAAAUCAUCGACUUUGGUCUUAGUACCCAAGUGGAACCUGGGCAGAUGCUGGACCGGCCCUGUGGUGCUUACUCUUUUGGUGCCCCUGAACUCUUCCUCGGAGAAAUUUAUGACGGAACAAAAAACGACAUAUGGACCUUAGGAGUGGUCUUAUAUUAUAUGGUAGUCGGUAAGGUCCCAUUUGACUCUCUCAUUAUCCAAGAACUGCAAAGACAGGUUGUGACAGGUGUGUACCCUGCCCCCUGUGGGGUGUCAGAAGAGCUGGAGGAUCUGAUUAGCUGCUUAUUGACGGUCAACCCCAGCUAUAGGCCAACAGUCAUGGACGUAAUGACGCACCCGUGGUUCAAGGAAGACUGGAAGGCAUUCCCCAAUCCCUAUGAAGAACUGAUCCUCAUCAGGCCAGACCAUGCAAUUGUGGAAGCAAUGCAAUCUAUUGGGUUCCAAGCCAAAGAUAUCAUAGAGUCACUAAUUAAAAGAAAAUAUAACUGUACCAUGGCUUCCUAUUUCUUGCUGCAAGGGCAGGCUCUCCAGGGGCAUGGCUGCUCAGCCCAGGCUCAGCCAGUGAGUCCAGUUACGGCCCCAUUCCCUACCCUUGAGACUGCUGCUGCUUUCCAUUUAGGACUACGCAGGAGUGGAAGCGCUCCCAUCCUUGGCACAUUGACCUCAUCAUUGUACAAAGCUCAAGAGUCUGCCUAUGCCCAGGAGGCUAUUCAAAGAAGAGGCCGAAGAUCCACUGGGCCUGGUCUUCUCUUCACACCACUUCGGAUGACACGACCACAGGACCAACACAACAUCCGUGCCAUGAGUGUCCCUUGCAUUCAUUCAACAACAAUCAUCAGUGAAAGGAGCAGCAGCAAUGAGAAUAGAGAAGAAAACCUACUCUCGCACAGCUCCUCAGCAGAGGAUAAGCCCAUCUCCAGCUCUGGCAGGCCCAGAGGCUUCAAGGGAUGGACCAAGAGGAUAGGAAAUGCCAUGAGGAAGCUUUUUUGCUGCUUUCAACCAAGAAACAAACCUCGCCUGGGGCAGAAGAGAGUCUCCCCUCAGAAGUGA